UUGGUGGACAUCCGGAUCACUGUACCUCAUAUUGCAUCUCCAGGAAAUGUUCAAACUGUCCGUGUUUGACAUGAUCGCCACCGUCGUCACAACAUUCAUUCUGGAAUUUCUGCGCGGUUUGUUCGUGCGCUUCGCUAACUACUGCUGGUGCUGGGACCUCGAAACAGGAUUUCCUGGCUAUGCAGAGUUUGGCGUUGCCGACAAUGUCCUACAUCUAAUAUACAACCAAGGAAUGAUAUGGAUGGGCGCGUUCUUCGCCCCUAGUCUACCUGCACUGAACGUCCUGAAGCUGAUCGGGCUGAUGUACCUGCGCAGCUGGGCCGUCAUGAUGUGCAACAUUCCUCAUGAACGGGUCUUCCGUGCUUCCAGAUCCAACAACUUCUAUCUCGUCCUGCUGCUCAUCAUGCUGUUCCUGAGCAUGUUACCGACAGGUUACGUCAUGGUUUCUAUAGAACCGUCAAGGAACUGUGGACCGUUCAGCUGGUUUGUAGUGACGCCCACAGGAAUUGAUGGUGACGUGGGAGAAUGCCCAUAG